AUGCAUCAUUUCGCUCGAAUCCUUACCAUCCUUUUUCUUGCUCUACUUGGUGUCUUCGCACAACAACAGUAUGACGAGGUCAGUAUUUUCAUCAAGUCCUACUCAGAAGCUCGGCCUUUUCAAAAAACCAAAAUCCACUUACUUACCUUCAAUGGUACGCAGACUACAAGCCAAAAUGAGAUUGAUCAGGGUUGGAAGAAAAACUUUGCUUCAAUCCUUUGA